AAAGCAACCGAAAGAAAAAGAAAAAAGGGAGUUGAACAAACCUCCCACAGAAACAUGAGCAUGAUGAUGGCUAUGGAUAUAUAAAAAAAGGCAUGGUAUCACCCUUAGAACGCCAUUUUUGACACCACCCAAAACCCUAAUAACCCUCCCCUCUCCUACAAGACACAGAACUUUCUGAAUUUCUAAGAUAAAAGCCCUUAUCAGUUUUGAUUAUUACCAUUGUUGUCUGUUUAUUAUUAGUUGUUCUUUCUAUUAUAUUAUUAUCAUUGUUAAGACAAAAAAAAAAUACCUAUUAACUCGCUAUCCUACCUUUGUAAUAAUAAUUAUGAUUAUGAUUAAGAAAUCUAAUCCUAAUAAUUAAGAAACCAAACCGCCUUCUAAAUCAAGAUCAUCGCUUUAUCCACCAAUUGCUUUCCUUUUUCUCUUUAUUUUUUCUGGGUUUUCAAUUCUGAGAUUUGACCUUUUGUUUUCAUUUUCCACCUCUUUCUUCAAUGGCUCUGCUUUCUCUUCUCUUCUUGCUCUCUAUUGGUGGGGCUUCUUCGGCAUCAGCCUUGUCUAUUUGUCCUGAUGAAUCAGCUUUGUUUCUUUAUGAUAUUCAAUCUCAAUGUCCUGUUUCGAUCUCUCCAAAUCCUCCUCUUCAGGUGGAUGGGGAUUUCCUGGACAGAGCCUUAACUUCAAAACAGAGGAAUGCUUCUACUUCUGUACUCUUUUAUGCUUCAUGGUGUCCUUUCUCAUGCAGUAUGCUUCCAAAAUUUGAAAUUCUUAGUUCCAUGUUCCCUCAAAUCGAACAUUUGGCUGUUGAACAAUCUUCAGCUCUACCAAGUAUAUUUUCAAGAUACGGAAUCCACAGCCUGCCUUCAAUAUUAAUAGUCAACCAGAGAUCAAAAGUGCAAUAUAGAGGGCCAAAGAACCUUCAAUCUCUUGCUCAGUUUUAUAAGAAAACGACAGGACUUGAACCAGUUCAACUUAUUACCAAAGAUGACUCUUCUAGUACAGAGGGUCGUGAAAAAUCCAUCUUGCAGCCAUGGAAUGGACCAUCCUUGGAAGAGAUAAUAAAAAGGGAACCCUACUUAGCACUUGCUACAUUGUUUCUCUGUUUGAGGGUGCUGCUAUAUGCAUCUCCAAAAGCGUUGUCGCAUCUCAAGGCUUUCUAUGUCUCUUAUAUACCACAUUUCAACUUGGAAAUAUUUGGAGAGACUAGCCAAUUUUUUGGGCGUAUCCUUCAUAUGAUUGAUGUGAGGAGGAUUUGGACUAAGCUGAGAUUAUGCAAGACCAGGAAUUUCCAUGAACGUGCAAAAAAUUGCCGGGUUUGGGCUUCUUCGCUGGCUUCUGUUUCUUUGGGUGAAUCUUCUUCAUCAACUAGGUCACAGUCCUGAGGCAUACCCCGGUAUCUCUUGGCACUUAAAAUCAAAGGUAGAAAAGAGCUUACUACUGUUAACAUAAUGUAUUACAAGCAGAAUUAUUGUUCUGGGACAGGCGGUCUCUCUCACCCUGUAAAAUUUUACUAUUAGUGAUACUUGUGAUGAUGAUAGCUGAAACCAUUGUUGGCUGUUCUAGUUUUGGGAGGGAGCAAAAAAUCAUGUAAAUUUGAGAACAGCUUUCCCAUUUUGUAUAUUAUUUAUCAUUUGGAGGAACAUCUUCACACUUAA